AUGGCCAAUUUCAGCAAGCCGCAGAAUAUGAUGAGCAUGUUGGUCGCCCUCUUUGCCCUCCUCCAGGUCUCUGUCGCCUUUCAUCAUCAUGGCGCCCACCACUAUGCUCAUCCUGCCCGGUCGGUGGAUUCUGCCAUGGAGGCCAGAAUCAACGAGGUCGCUGGCGAACUCGAGAAGCGUCAAUCGCAAGGGUACGUUGCCAUUACCGGUGUGUGCACCUCGGGCACAGAGAGCAACGGUAUGUGCAAAGAAGGCCGCGUUUCCUACCCCCGCCUAGAGCUGCGUGAGUUGCAGAAGAACGCAGACCAAUGGAACUUGUAUCUACUUGGUAUGGAAAGGUUCAUGGCCAAGGACAUGAACGAUCCCUUAUCAUUCUACCAAAUUGCUGGUAUUCACGGUCAGCCUUACAAGACCUGGGGUGGCUUUCCAACUCCUCUGAAGAACCAGGCUGGCUUCUGCCCCCACGGCAACACCAUGUUUGUAACCUGGCACAGGCCCUACCUUGCCCUCUUUGAGCAAGCUUGGUACCAAUGCGUGCUAGAGGUCGUCGCCGAGUUUCCCUCAGACCAGCAGACGCGAUGGAGGAACGCGGCGGCGACUCUCCGUAUACCAUACUGGGAUUUUGCUAUUGACGCUGGCGAAGCUGUUCCCUCGGCGAUACGUGACCAAAGGGUCACCGUCACCAAGCCAUCUGGACCUGCCACCAUCCCCAAUCCACUCUACUCCUACAGCUGGGGCCAGUCAGUCCCCAGUGAGGUUGGUACAACCCCAUGGAACAACUGGCCUACAACUCUUCGUCGCCCCGUUGGUAAUCCCACUCGUAGUAAUAACAACGAGCUGCUCGCUCGUCUCAACGCCGCGCGCGCAAACUUGAGGGACCGUAUCUUCGCUCUAUUUGCUAGCAAGCAAAAGUUCGGCGAUGUCGCCACCUCUGCCAUUGGUGUGCGAACAUCUACGAGCGGGUCCGGUGUUGACAGCUUUGAGUCUGUCCACGAUACCAUUCACAACACGGUGGGUGGCGAGAGUGGCGGCCACAUGUACCAUCUUGAAAUCGCUGCUUACGAACCGAUCUUCUUUCUUCUUCACGCCGGUGUUGAUCGCCUCACGGCCAUGUAUCAGCUGAUUGUACCCGACUCUUAUGUUUCCCCCGGUAACAUUCAGAAACCCAUGGCUCAAUGGAACACGGGUGAGCCGAAGAACUCGUAUACUCCUCUCAAGCCCUUUACCAAGGACAAUGCUGGUAAUUACUUCAACAGUAUGGAUGUCAGGGAGACCCGAAGUUUAGGCUAUCACUACCUCGAGACUGCCGAUCGCUCUUACCAGCAAGUCGCUCGUGCCGUCACCGCUCUCUACGGUGGUGGCUCCAAUACCAUGACUAAGCGUACUGACGACAAGACUGGUCAAUUUCUCGGCCGCUCAUUCAAGGAGGGUGACUACCACUACGUCCUCAACAUCAUUGCGAGCAAGUUUGCCAUGGACGGAUCCUACACGGUGCACUGCUUCCUUGGCAAGCCCAGCGACAAGACUACCGGCAGUUCCACCGCCCCUUACCCGGUUGAAAACUCGACCGUCCCUUACCCUAUCACCAAUGCCACAGGCCCUGGCCCGAUCGAGAACUCUACCAGCCCAGACUGCAACAGCACUUUGGAGGCAGACUAUGACCCGUCCCAGGAUUACACCCAAGGCCCCAACUACGUUGGCUCGUAUGGUAUCCUCGGCGGCAUGAAGGCCGGCGGUGGCAACGCUUCUGCUCUUCCUCUUAUGACCCGAGGCUCCAUCCCCUUGACAACCGCCCUCCAGGGUAAGGAGCACUUUGGCGAGCUUGCGUCGCUGAAACCCGAGGAUGUUGAGCCCUACCUAGCCGAGCAUCUGCACAUCAAGGUUGUCGGUCUCAAGGGCGAGCUGGACCCCGACGAGAUUCCGCACUUCCAUGUUUCGGUCGGGAGCACCAAAGUUAUCCUUCCUGAAAACGAGGACGAUCUUCCCGACCUAAGCUCACCAUACAAGGUCCUUCACGAUGCUACCAUCAAUGUUCCUGCCGGAAAGCCGUUUGAAUACGUGCCCACCGCCCUAGACAUCCCGCUCCCUGACAGCCCAGAGUACAUUGUGCCAAGUCAAGAUGGCAAGAGACCUACUACGCCUUUCCCUGUCCCAAAUCUACCAUGGGAGGAGGAUGGCUACUGUGCAUCCAAGCAGGUUAUUCACUACGUUGACCCAGCGGGCAAUUUCCUGUAUGCCGAGAUGUAA